AUGUAUGGUAUAAGGCCCAUCAUAUCACUCAUAACUUGUUCCACAGCCGACCCGAACCCGCUCUCCAUCAGCAUGGUACUGCCACUCCUCCUCUUCACUCAUGUGAUUCUGUGCUUAGCUACACCAUCACCACCACCUGCAUUCAAAGCGUGCAUCGAGUCGGCACUUGAGCAGAAGUGGCAUCUCUAUGCCUUUCCCAACGACAUUCGAUACCUCUUGUUCCGAGUUACAGACGUACAUGCGUACAAUCUCGAUUUGCCAUACUUACCUGCUGCUGUGGUCUAUCCGCGAACAGCUGGGGGAGUGGCCAAGGUCGUGAAGUGUGCUGGUGACCAUGGCAUUGGCGUGCAGGCUCGGAGUGGUGGACAUGGCUAUCGGAACUACUGUCUUGGUGGUGCAGAUGGUGCCCUUGUUGUGGACAUGAAGAAUAUGAAGCACUUUCAAUACAACUCAGACGACACCACAGCCACAUUUGGGGCAGGAAAUCGUCUUGGGGACCUCACCAGGGAGCUGGACAGUGUGGGACGCUCUGCAGCAUACGGAGUCGUUUCCGACGUGGGCACCGGCGGCCAUCUCACGAUAGGUGGACUCGGCCCUCUCAGCCGCCAGCUGGGAGCCGGUCUUGACCAGAUUAUCUCUGCCCAAGCAGUCCUCGCCAACGGCACAAUCGUAACUACAUCCCUCGAAUCGCACCCCGACCUGUUCUUCGCCAUUCGCGGCGCAGCGGCCUCUUUCGCUCUCGUCACGGAGUUCACGAUCCGCACUGUCCCAGCUCCGGAAGUCGUGAGCUUCACAUACAAUGUCACCAUCGCGAAAGACAUCGUAGACCUAGCACCAACGUGGAAAGCCUGGCAAGACUACGUCUCCGACCCGGACCUGUCUCGACUCUUCGCUUGUACGUUCACUCUUGCAAGCAAUGUUCUGAUCUUGGAGGGAACGUACUACGGCUCACGGUCCGACUUCGAUACCUUAGACAUCGAAUCCAUCUUCGCGCCCGCUAAAGACGCAGGUCUCCAAAUCAAAAGCGACAUCGUCGUCACCGCAGCAAAUGCCCUCCAGCAGGCGGCUCUGUCCUUUUUCGGCAGGAUCCCCACCCACUUCUACGCGAAGAGCCUCAAGUUCACAAACAACACUCUCCUCACCCUCGAUCAAGUCAUUGGAAUGUUCCAGUACAUCUCCGCCAAACCCAAAGGCUCGCUCGUCUGGUUCAUCAUAUGGGAUCUCACAGGCGGUGCCGUCUCGGAUCCUGAUCCAACGUCCACGGCGUAUUGGCAUCGUGAUGCGUUGUUUUGGCAGCAGUCAUAUAUUGUCGACUUGACGGCGAUCAGGGAGGUUAAUCAGGUGUCUAAAGACUUCUUGAUUGGGUUGAAUGCACGGGUGAGAGAACUUGAGCCGAGGAUUAAUGAGAGUGCGUAUCCGGGGUAUGUAGACGAUCAGCUGGAGGAUCCGCAGAGGGCGUAUUGGGGUGGGAAUGUGGAGAGGUUGAGGGAGAUUAAGAGAGUGUAUGAUCCGGGAAUGUUGUUAGAAACCCGCAGAGCAUUGAACCGGUGGAGCAGUAGUAGGUGUCAGGGGGUUGUGCACGUGGAUAUCUUGUUGCGAUCACGGCUACUUGAUGACUGUCUCAGGGACUAUGCACAACGGAUUCCGUCUUCAUGUGUCGAUUCUUGCAACGCGUGCAAUCAGACCUGCUUCACUGUUGUGACCAAACCGAGCUCGUGCAUGAUGGUGCUUACCAAAUUCAGCUUACCAGCUUUCCCGAUACCGUGGGAAUGGCAAGCACGUGUGAAGCUUGAGCAGGCACGACACAUUGUCGCAAGCACGGAAUUUUCUGCAUUCGCUUUGCAACUUUCAGAAGCCCUUUGUACAUACGGCGGGGAGCAGGGUCACAACAUCGUAGCAGGUGAGGCAAGACACGGAGCUCAAGAAAGAUCGGAAGCAGAAAUCAUGACUGCUUUCCCCUCCGACUGA